UUGUUCGAGCGCAUCCUCUUCAUAUGGUCGAAUCGGCACCCGGCUAGUGGAUACGUUCAAGGCAUCAACGAUCUGUUGUCGCCGUUCUUUGUUGUUUUUUUGGCAGAAUAUAUUCGAGUUGAUCAUAUUUUACCCCGAAUAGAUCUCACAACUUCUGGCGAAUUGACUCUCUUGCCUGAGCCAACGCCUGACCAGCUGGAGGAAGUGGAGGCUGAUGUAUUCUGGUGCGUAUCUCGCCUCCUUGAUAGCAUCCAGGAUAACUAUACUUUCCCCUUACCAGGCAUUCAGCAUAAUCUCGGCAUGCUGGCCAGUCUAGUUGAGCGUGUAGAUUCUGAGUUGCACGCUCAUCUGCGUCAUCACCAAGUGGAAUACCUUCAGUUUGCUUUUCGCUGGAUGAACAAUUUGCUCACACGCGAGGUUCCUCUACGCUGCAGUAUUCGUUUAUGGGAUACAUAUAUGUCGGAAGAUUUUGGAUUUUCUCGCUUUCACGUCUUUGUCUGUGCCGCCUUCCUUCUACAAUUUGCAGAGGACCUCAAGUGCCAAGGUGAUUUUCAAGGACUUCUUUUGAUGCUUCAGCGUCUUCCCACCUAUCAUUGGACCGAUGAUAACAUGAAUCUCGUUUUAGCCAAAGCUUUUGAAUUGAAAACCCUUUUCAGAGAUGCACCGAAUCACCUAGAGUACAAACGGCUACGCGAACUUGAUUAA